UGCAUCUUAAUUUUUCCGUACAGAAGCAUUUACAAUGUCGGUCGCCUGCACUUACGCUGCUUUGGUUCUUCACGACGAUGGCAUCGCCAUAACUGCUGAUAAGAUUGCAACUCUGUUGAAGUCAGCGAAUUUGACCGUGGAAUCCUACUGGCCUAGCCUCUUCGCCAAGCUUUGUGAGAAGAGGAACCUUGAUGAUCUCGUUAUGAACGUCGGCUCUGGUGGUUGUGCUGCCGUCGCUGUCCCUGCUCCUACUGGUGGCGCUGCCGCUCCUGCAGUUGAGGAGAAGAAGGAAGAAGCCAAAGAGGAGAGCGACGAUGACAUUGGAUUCGGACUGUUUGAUUAAGAUUUUUACUGUGUUUUAGUUACAAGUAAUGGGCCACAGACUAAUUUGAGUUACAAAUAUAUCAGUAUAGAUGGUUUUUUUGGUUAUAGUACUAUGCCCUUG